UCUUCUGGUCGUCGGGCGAUAUCCUGACUGGAUACCUUGACCCUUUGAAGAUGAGACCCACCUUCAUAUCCGGAUUUUCCGACACUCUGGAUUGGAGGCCCCUGUACUUCCAAGAGUCCUCCGUUGCGAACAUUGUAUGCUCCCUGUGUGGCCUGGUUUCGAGAAAUGUUGUCAGAUUGCGCUGUGAGCACACACUCUGCUCGGAAUGUCACGAGGAGUCCCAGAGGCGAGGGAGCACUUGUCUACUGGAUGAAGAAUCCUUCGCCGACGAUAACAUUCUUCACCUUGAUAUCUCGGGAGGUUACAUCCUGAACCAUACGGUAGCCUGCGUCAAUGCACCCAAUGGUUGCGACUUCAUAGGUCAAGCUUCUAGGCUCGUGGAUCACUACAAGCAGUGCUCGUUUCACGUCGUGCCUUGCCCCAGGUGCGAAUCAUCAGUGCUAAGGACUGAGAUCGUGGGUCACUGUAAAGACGGUUGCAGUUCUGCGUCCACUACACCCGUGCCCAUUCCGUAUUAUAUGAACGUGAAUUAUGAUAACUUAGAAAUUACAAGCAGUGAACGGAAAAGAGAGAUGCUCAAAAUAUCCGAGGAUCUCUCUCGUCUUCAGACUAGCCUCAACCAGUGGCUUGAGGAAGUCCGAACGUUGGAGAAAAACACAAACAAGGAACUGAAGGAUGCAAUGCUAAAGGUCUCUGACCAUCUCUCCGGUCUGAACACCUGUGCGGAGCGGUGCCGGGAAGAUGCGAGGGAAGCAGCCAGAAACAGCAAAGAGCAGUCGGAAGCUCAAUCGUCGAGACUUUCCGAGCAGUUGGUCAGAAUCGAAACUCAAGGUUUCGCUGCAGUCAAGAAAGAACUGAAACUUGCCAUUGAAGACACAGUGAAGACGCACAUGGCUCAGGAGUUACGUGUACAAUACGAAAAACUUACGAAGAGUAUAUCCAAUUGUGUGCUUGCAUAUUGCGGAAUGUCACUGGUACAUAAAAAGAAUUUCACUGGUACUUGA